UUUGAUAUAUUAUUGAUCACCUUUUUCAUUGUGCUGCAAAAGGAAUUCGUCUUAAAACUUUUUGGAGACCUUCUUACUGGUUAUGUAUAUUUUUAUUACACAGCUCUUCUUAAAGCUGCGGAAGGCUCCGUUCACUUGGGCCUUCCCAACUUCCGACGGUCAAUAAUUUUUUGAUAAUUGACCGUUGGUGAGCAUAUGACCAGUGCCAACAAGGAAAGUUGGUUUUGAUGAUUUUUGCCUCUGAAUUCAAAUCUUUCAUAUAAGUCUGCAAGUAGUCCUAUCAUCCCCAGCGUAUUCGGUUGCUAAGCGACGUCAACGUCUUUGGCGAACUAUUAAUCCGCUGAUCGACACUUAGAAUGGUAACUAAUAAAUUGUAGAAAGACACACUGUGUGAAUUCAUUUUUUCGUUCUGUCCGGUAUUGUCCAGUUCGCCCUGUCGGGUCUUAUGGUGUGAUCCAAAUGCUUCGGACACCUUCCAGUCUUCCGUAGUUCUUUGUGAUUGUGUCAUGAAAUUGGCUAGUAAUGAACACACAAUAUAUAAUAUCCCGUAUUGAAUGCAUGAACAUGUUAUAUCAACACAAUUUACAUCAUUUAUCUAAUACUUGAACAUGAUAUAUGGACACAAUAUUAUGAACAACCCUUGAGCAUAUUGAUUCUUGAUUCCUGUGAUGGGAGCGGGAUGCUGUGAUGAACAUUAAUGUACACACUGCAACUGUUCAUUGUUUAGUGCAAUGAUCAUGGCAAGCUGCAUAAUUAUAGGAAUAAGGAAUAGAGAAUACGAUUAAUAGUUUUUGAGUUUCUAAAGAUGGGAUGUGGAAUCUAUUUAAAUGAUCAACCGUGUGUGUGCGUUAGUGGGGGGAGGGGUACAAAAAUAAAAUCAUACAUUUUAUUAAUUGUUCUUGGUACUCCAUGUAGUGUAUAGUUUAAAUUUGCAGUUGUUAUAUGUAUUUAUUAUGACAUUCACUACAAAUACGUUUUUCAGUUAAAAUCGGUGUCUCUCAUACCAGCGGACCGCAGCCUCCUGGAGAUAAUGGAAGUGAAAAAGGAAAAGGAUGAUGAAUACUGUGGGAAACCGGAGGAAAAGGCCAAAGAGCUGCAUGGACAUACAUUUUACUGGACGUUUGGAAACGAAGUUCCGUGCGAAGUUUUGUGCGAGCAGGCAAGGACUAUCUACGAAUCACUUCAGACCAGUCCUGGGUUUAAAGAGAAGGCUUUCAAAAACUUAGACAAAGAACUUGUUAUUUUAAGACCUAACAAUAAACCUAUUAAUUCAAAUUUUCCAUGCCACAAAAUGACUGAAGGUGAUACCCUGACAAUUAAGUACAUCAGUGAAGGAAAGAUCCCGACAACCACCACAAGCAGCAAGGGAAAAAAAGAAAAUGAGGGAGAGUUGGUAACAUUUGGAAUAAGAACAACUGGAGGUAAGAACUUAACUAGGACUAACGUUAUGAAAAAUGUUGCUAGGAAAAUUGUGUAUGAGGUUAUUGUGUUUGGAUACAAAGGUCAAACAGUGAGAGAAGCUCUGGAGCAAGAUGGACGUUUCAGUGACAGUUUUUUAAAAAACAACAAUGUUCUCGAAGAAACAGAGGUUAUUAAUCACAUUGAAAUGAGCAGAACUAUAAAUCGUCUUGAUGGUAGAUGUUUCAAGAUAGCAAAAAAACUGAACUAUGUUGGUACUGGGAAGGAUGAUGCACCAAAGGAGGCAUCAUCAAGUAAGAUUGCAAGCUCCGACAUUCCAACCCCAAAUCAGCCAACCCCAAACACCAGCCAUCAGUCAACACCAACCAAUAGUGAUCAACUGAACCGUGAGGAAAUAUAUAAUCUCCUUCGUUCUCAGUUUCCCGAUCUUACUAAAUGCAUGAAAGGACGCCAGAAAAAUGCUAAGAGUCGAGAUGUCCGGAAGCUUUUCUCUCGAGAGUUUGGGAAAAACGUUGGGAUUUGCAAAGAAAUUAGAAGUUUUAGGAAGCUCGUAGAGCUUGGUGACUCUGUUUGCCAGGUGAAAAUAAAUGGAGGGGCAGCAGGGAGUGGCUUUCUUCUAUUUGGAAAGUACAUCCUAACAAACGCCCACGUAGUCCUUGAUGAAGAAAAAAUAAACCUGAGGGAAAACAUAUCUGUUGUUUUCUCCUAUGAGGAUAAGGUAGAAAACCCUUGUUUACCAUUGCUUGUAACGGUGGUUGCCUUGAGCUAUCAUGUUGACAAAGAAGGAUACAAGCAGGAUUGGGCUUUGCUUGAGGUCGAUAAUAAUCAAAAUACCUUAACAAUAAUUCCACAGCCUCUACUUAAGCUCUAUGCACCGGUAACUGAAAGUGGUCACAUUUGUAUUAUCGGCCACCCGGAAGGGAAGGUCAAAAUGUUGGACCCAUGCUUCACAAUCCCUCGGGACGAAUGCGAAAAACGUAUAAAACCGGAUUACCUUUUUAGGGACAUACAGACCUACGACAGCUGUUUUUAUGAAGGUUCAUCUGGCUCACCAGUUUUUGAUCACAAUUUUAAAGUUGUAUCGAUGCACACUGGGGGGUUCCCUGAUAAAAACACUGAACAUGCUAUUGAGUAUGCACAUCCCCUAUCACUCAUUAUUGAAGAAAUCCUUAUGGAUAUAGUGAGACACCGUAAAUUGGAUGUGCUGUUGGCAAUGAUCACUUGUGGCAUUCCUAAAGAAGUGAAGGCUGCCGUAAUCGAAAAGGUUCUACGUUAUUUUGACAAAAGUUUUGUCUGUACAGAAAAUGAUUUGAUUGAACUCGCAAACUCGUCUUACUGUAAGGCAGAACAAAAGCAUCUAAAGGACUUUUUUCUAGAUUUCAAUCCAUGGAUACCUAGGGACUUAGUUUGACUUUAGUAAAGCUCUACAUUGUAGUUUAAUAAACCUUGCCUCUGGGUUAGAGGAUAUAGAGAGACCCUUAACACUUCCACAGAGGAAACAGGAAGAGGAGGACACUAUAGAAUCAAACAUUAUCUUUAUUAUUAUGUGGCGUGUCAUAAAUAUUUGGCCUGUUCAGCCCUUUGAGACUGUAAUGGUGAUUAAGGCUAUACAAAUAAAAUUGAAUUGAAUUGUAAUUCUUCUUGGGAGACAACCGGACAGGAGCAAAGGUGGAUCAAUAUAUAGUUUAAGCCAUCUCUCGAAGGACACUUCUCACGCUCUCGAAUGCUCACAGCGAGUGUAUGGUGUGUGGGCCCACACAAGAACCAUGGCAGACGUUUAAACCGGUUUAUUGUAGUUUGAGCAAUAUUACGUGCAAAGCAGGUGCUCCAUGCUGCCAUGUCAGAGAUGAGAGUAUGGGGUGAUGGCUGAUGAUGUAAUUUUUCCAUCUACAUUUUUUUCAAAUUAUGUUUGUAAGUACUUAUAUUAUAAUAUAAGUAAAUAAUAUUGAGAUGAAGCAUAAUUAAAUAUAUUUUUUACUUAAAGCUUUUAAUGUUUUGCGACUUUAUAGCUUUUGUAAAAGUGACUUUAAAAAAAAAUCGGUGUACUAUUAAGUACUUAU